AUGGUUGCGUCGUCCAUCGAUCUGGAAUCUCUCUCGGAAGACAACCAAUCGCAUACGUCGGGCUCUGAAACACACACGAUCGUGACUCUAUCCGUUUCAGGCCAUGGUGGCGGCGGAACAUACCGAGCCUGGCCGCGCAUCGUACAAUAUCAAAUCCUCGCCCAAUCUCUCUUGUCUCUGCGCGUAAAUGCCCUUCCGACCACGACCCCCGUUUAUGAUCAAGUCGACGUCUGGGAACGCGGCCUCGACUUUGAUACCGAGACGCCGGCUAUCUUAAGAUUCAGCGAGUUAUACGGGGCGCCCGACAACGACUUCGCCUGCAAGAGCGACCGGAAUCCCGUCGUCAUGCUCCACGGCCUCUCUGCGAACCGCCAGGUCGACUUGAACAUGCUUCAGUGGGAGCUCAACAGGCGCGGCUACUGCACGUACUCGCAGACCUACGGCGCCUGGGGCUUGGUCCCGUGGAUCGGUGGUCUCAGGCCGAUGGCCGAGUCGGCGAAGGAUAUCGCUGCCUUUGUCAAGGAGGUGAAGGAGAAGACCGGCGCCGACAAGGUCGAUAUCGUCGGGCAUUCCGAGGGCGGCGUUCAAGCCAUCUACGUGCCAAUGACGCAGGCUGGCAUCUCGGAUAUCGUGGAGCACGUAGUCGCAUUGGGGCCGGCUAUCCACGGCGCGAAGUACUUCGGCUUCACCGACCUGUGGUACAUUGGCGGAAACUUCACCCGCACCAUCGCUGGAAAGGUCGUGGACGCGCUGGGGUGCCCGGCCUGCGAGGACAUGGCAACGGACGGCAGAAUAUACAACGACUUCAAGAGCGCUAAGCAGAUCGUACAGCCGGGGAACAAAGUCACAAUUAUCAUGUCCAACUCGGAUACGCUGGUGUCGCCGGACGUCAGCAGGGUCGACGAGGAAGGGGCAAAGAACGUCAUCGUCCAGGAUACUUGCCCCGACGACAAGGUUGGACAUGCGGGACUCAUGUGGGAUAAGAGCGUCUGGCGCUUAAUUGUGAAUGCGUUGGAAGAAAACAACGACGCUGUGUUCGAAUGUGAAAAGGGGCUCCUCAUCUAG